UAACUCCCCAUAGGAGUUAACGUAGGAAGCGCCCUCCUCCCUCGGGCUAAAAUCCCCCUUCCCGGCGGCACAGCCAGCGAGGGCUCCUUCCGAGCGUGCAUCUUGCAUGAAGCCUCUGACGACCCCCGUGGGAUAAUAUUAUCCCAGUGUGUGAGGCGCGGGCCCUGCGUUGUGUCUCUCGGUGACUCCGCUUUGUCGCGCUUCUCUUUCCAGCAGCUAUGGUGAAUUUGGUGCAAGCCGUGCGCACCCACUGGGUUCACAUCCUCGUGCCCCUGGGAUUUGUGGUUGGGUGUUACUUGGACAGAGUGAAUGAUGAAAAGCUGUCAGCCUACAGGAACAAGAGCUUGCUCUACAGAAGAGAACUGAAACCUGGUGAAGAAACUACGUGGAAAUAGAAGCUGAUGAUGAAAUGGGAAGAAGCUUGAUUCACUUGAUUAAUCAACUUACAUAAUAACUGCAAAGACCGGGUUACAAUUUUUAUUCUUGAGAAAACAUAUAAGCUACAGAAGGGAAUACCUGGGAUUCAUCU